AAUAUAAAAAACAAAUUGAAAGGGAAACCAAAUUCACGAUUUCCACUUUGGGAAUUUGCAUAGUUAACGCUUAACACGAACAUAUAAUAUUCUCCAUUUCUUUCUUCAUCCAAAGCUCAACUCUCACAACUCCGAUAACUGUAAAAAAAAAUACACAAUUUUCUUACUUUGCGAAAUCAAAGUAGAUCAUGGCGACACAAACACACGUAUAUUCAGUGUGGGGACUUCCACCGGACGAUGUGAAGCAGCGUGUGAAGAACGUGAUGAACACCCUCCGAUUAGAAUUCAAUGGUCCCGAGUUCGAUCCCCAUGUCACUGUUGUUGGAGCCAUUGAUUUGACACCGCAAGAUGCCGUUGACAAAUUCAAAUCAGCGUGCCAUGGUUUGAAGGCUUACGCUGCUCAAGGUAGGGGUGUCUCCACUGGAACUUUCUUCUACCAGUGUGUCUUCCUCCUCCUUGACUCCACCCCUGAGGUAGUCAAAACUAGUGAUCACUGCUCUGCACAUUUUGGUUACAAUCGCUCGACACCCUACAUGCCACACAUGAGCCUUCUUUAUGCGGACCUAACUGAUGAAGAGAAAAAGAGAGCUCAGGAGAGAGCAAAUGCCUUGGACGACAGCCUUGGCAACUUGUGCUUCACAAUAAAUCGCCUAGCGCUGUACAAAACUGAUACCGAAGAUAAGACACUUACAUCUUGGGAGAAGGUGUUGGAAUUUGAUCUCGAAGCAGUUUAGAUUUUCAGGUACAUUGUUGAACAAAAGCUCUCCAAAUUGCUAACUGCUCGUGCUGACUAUCGGCAGUUUCAUAAGAUGGAAAUCCAGCAAGUUUCCAAGGUUUUUUUUUAACAAGUUUUCAGAUGUCAGAUAUAUGCAUAAGUGCAGUUGUAAUGGCAUGCUAUCUUCGGUUUUAGAUUCAACAGAAGACUGACUCGUUUGUAGCAAUAAGUUUAUAAUCAACACCAGAAUCCUGAUAUUGUGCAGCAGCAGCAUAUUGAAAUAAACAUUAUCCCAUGUUCUGUUUAGAUAGUACAA